UGACUCUACUUCUCUCUUGAUUUAUUACCUCAGUAAACAUUGUAAACAUGAGUUUAUGGUCUCAAUCUCUAGUUAUGUCCUCGCAUCCUUCUCUUCCCGAUUCUGUCUUCUUCUUCUUCUGUGGUGUUUGAAUGUCUCUGUCUCCAGUCAGCGGGAGCGAGCGGUGAGGGCGAUGUUGACCCUGCACUGCCGCCUGCAGGAGACGGACGAGUCUCUGCGGAGGGAGCGCUUCCUGACGGAGAGGCUGCUGAUCCCGGAGCAGUGGAUCCACGAGGCCAAGGCCACCCAAGCGCGCCGCGAUGCCAACCGCCAUCUGGAGGCGCUGCACCUGUACCGGGCCAGGUGCUGGAGCCAGUGUCACCGGCUGCUCAUCCAACACCUGGCCUCAGAUUGCAUCAUCAACGACAACCACGACUACCUGCUGGAGUUCCUGGAGGGGCUGGCGGUCCCUGAACACAGCGCCACCAUCCAGGACUGGGACACGGCGGGGGGGGGUCUACCUGGACUACAUCCGCGUCAUAAAGACCCUGCAAGACAUCCAGCAGAUGGAAACCGCCGGUUACGAGUUGGAGCGUCUCCACGGCGACGUGACGUCUCUGUGCAGCAGGAUCGAGCUGCUGCCCUGCAGCUCCGCCAGAGACCGGCUCGCCCAAUCAGAGAUGGCGAAGCGCGUGGCUAACAUCCUGCGCGUGGUGCUGACCCUCCAGCAGGGCGGCGACUCCGACUCCCUCGGCGUCCCGCUCGGCCUGCUGGCGCCGCACAUCAGCCGGCUGCCGAUGCCGGAGGACUACACGCUGGAGGAGCUGAGAGGACUCACGCAGUCCUACCUGAGACAGCUCAUCGUCGGCCAAUGAGAGCGCACGACGACAGCUCGUCGUCGGCCAAUGAGAGCGCACAACAGCUGAGGGCAGUUAGAAAAAAUAUAUAUUUAAAAGGAGCCGAAAGACAAACGGGAGACGAGUCAAGAGAAAACAGUUCUACGACUUGAUUCUGGAGUUUGUUCUGAAGAUGGACACAAAGCUGCGAUACAUCAUUCCUCUUCUUCUUCUUCAGGGGAGAAUUUUAAAAGAGAAACAAGUGACAUGAAGUUACUCCUCGUUCAUCCCUUUUAUUAGGAACUUCACUUUAACGGGUCCAGUGGGUCCAGGGGAUCCCUGUCUAGGGGACCCCGGUCCAGUUUCAAGAGUCUUUAAUAGAAAGCAGAAAUGAAUAGAAACCAAUGAGCAGCAGAAAGUCUUUAUUUGAAGUACAGUAGGUCAAACGUUAAAAUGUCCACAUUCUGUUUAUUAUUAUUAUUAUUAUUAUUAUUAAAAUUCUCCCCAAAAACCCGACUUCUUUCCGUCUUGAACAGAGUUUAGUUGAGUAGCGUGUUUAUUUACAUGCAUGCAUGUAUGUAAAUAAACAGUUAUUAUUGUACCUGCAGGUGAGCGUUUAAAUGUGACCUCAGUUACUCGUUUCACCUCUGACCCCCCCAAAGAAAGCGCUGCGUCAUCGAUUAGCUCCGACAAAACCAGAAGAAGAAAACCUCGUCUGGUUGUUUCAUUGUUUUCAUUCAAAGCUUUGUUUUUUAUGAUGUACGUGAACAAAAAGCAGCUGUUAGCUUAGACGAGCGGCGACGAUGUGCACAACGUGGGUUUUGUUUUUUGGAGUUCAACAUAUAAAAUGCCGCGCGUUCUAUUUUUGUAGGGGGGUGUGUGUGUGUGUGUGUGUGUGUGUGUGUGUGUGUGUGAAUAAACAAAGUGUUGUUUUUUAAUCAACACUUCGGUUCAGUUUGAUCGUCAGAGUUUUUCGAAAGUGAAGAGUUUCCUCCCAAAAACGAGCUGCCAGUCAGAGAUUUCACUGCAUGUAAUUAUAUAAAUAUUGUAUAUUUUUGGAAAAUGAAACUGGGAAUAUCAGGUUGUUUUUAUUCUCCACCUUUAAUUAUUAAUAAAUUGGAUGCAAAGUGUUUUGGAAUGAAACUCUACAUUUAUCCGUCGGUCGGUCAUUUUUCUUUUUGUUACAGAAUAACAGUUAAAAAUCUCUUUCUCAACAAACAGGAAGGUGUGUGUGUGUGUGUGUGUGUGUGUGUGUGUGUGUGUGUGUGUGUGUGUGUGUGUGUGCGCGCGCGCGCGCUCUGUGUGCGCAUGUUUCCUGAUGAUUUUGUUGAUAAUAUUUUUUAAUAAAGUCAAGUAGAAAUAAACAGUUUGUGUAUUUUUUGGAUGUGAUCGGAGGAAAAGAGACGAACGUCUCGCACCUUUAUUUACCUGUGAUCAGUGACGCUUUACGCUGAAUGUGCUUGUUAAUAAAGUUCACUGUACGUAAAAGACAAAAUAAAGACGGUCAGAAUCAAA